AUGAUUCGUAAGGGUACGUGGGCAGCGCAUUUGAAAAAGUUGAAGGCAGAACGUUUUGGAAAGGCCGAAGAUAGUGAAGAAGCGCUCAGUCAAAAACUAUACAAUUAUUACGACUCAUCGUAUCUUGGCGUCAUAACGAUAGGAACUCCAGAACAAUCGUUCAAGGUUGUUCUUGACACUAGUUCUACUUACUUUUGGAUCCCAGAUUACACAUGUGUAGCAGACAAUCCAGAAGUAUGCGAUAUCUCUGAAUGUGACCCAGGAUGUGAGCUCAUUCAAUUACCUUAUAGCUAUAUGCCUCAUUAUGGCUGUAAUUUCAUAGAGAACAUCCAUCGGAAUAGUGUAGCAAAUGCUGAAAGUACUGUUUCCUUACCAAUAGUGGCCUGCCAAGUAUUCUGUCCUGUGCUGCAAUGCUGUGAAAAAGGAAGGAAGCGACGUAAGCCAAAUGCAUGUAGAGGGAAAAAUUUUUUCACAUCAAGUAACUCUUCUACGUAUUCUCCAGUGGCUGGAAAUUGGAGCAUUUAUUACGAAACUAAAGGUGGGAAAGGAAACGCAGAAGGAUUUUACGGCAACGAUACGGUCCGAUUUGGAGAGCCUGGAACCAAACAGCUUAUAGUAUCCGGAUCCCAAUUCGGCCAAGCACACGAAAUUGCGGAUUUUUUCGCUGGUGUAAGAUUUUGA